AUGGUAUAUAAAUCAAAAAGAAAUUUUCAAAAUCAUCCUUUCCAUUUAGUUUCUCCAUCUCCAUGACCAUUAUUUACUAGUUUAUCAUUAUUUAUACUUACAACAGCUACAGUUUUAUUUAUGCACGGUUUUCAAGGUUUUGAAUACUUAGUACCAGUAGCUGUAAUUAAUGUAGCUUAUGUUAUGGGUUUAUGAUUUAGAGAUGUAAUUUCAGAAGGUACAUAUUUAGGUAAUCAUACAAAUGCAGUUCAAAAAGGAUUAAAUUUAGGUGUAGGUUUAUUUAUUAUCUCAGAAGUAUUCUUCUUCUUAGCUAUUUUCUGAGCAUUCUUCCACAGUGCUAUAUCACCUAGUGUUGAAUUAGGAGCACAAUGACCUCCAUUAGGUAUACAAGGUGUUAAUCCUUUUGAAUUACCAUUAUUAAAUACAAUUAUUUUAUUAUCAUCUGGUGUUACUAUUACUUACGCUCAUCAUUCAUUAAUACAAGGUAAUAGAAAAGGUGCAUUAUAUGGUACAGUAGUUACAAUUUUAUUAGCUGUUAUUUUCACUUUCUUCCAAGGUGUAGAAUAUACAGUAUCUUCAUUCACUAUCUCUGAUAGUGUUUACGGAUCAUGUUUCUACUUUGGUACAGGUUUCCACGGAUUACACGUUAUAAUAGGUACAGCAUUCUUAGCAGUAGGAUUAUGACGUUUAGCUGCAUAUCACUUAACAGAUCAUCAUCAUUUAGGUUAUGAAUCAGGUAUUUUAUACUGACACUUUGUUGAUGUUGUUUGAUUAUUCUUAUAUAUUUCUGUAUAUUAUUGAGGUUAUUAA